UUCUCAAAAUAAUCUUCGAACAAUUCAGUUCACUUUAAUUAAACUUUUUUACUUAUUUGAUUACAGAUAUUCUUUCGCUUCACAGUUUUAAUUCAAAAUGGCAUCAGGAAAGUUAGCUUUAUUAAGUGUAUCCGAUAAAUCUGGACUCGUUGAGUUUGGAAAAAAUCUAGCCGCCCUAGGCUACAAACUUGUUGCAAGUGGAGGUACCGCCACUGCUUUGCGUAGUGCUGGAUUAAUUGUCGGCGAUGUAUCCGAUAUAACCGGUGCCCCUGAAAUGCUUGGCGGUCGUGUCAAGACAUUACAUCCAGCCGUCCAUGGUGGCAUAUUGUCAAGGCUAACAGACAGCGAUCUAGCUGACCUUAAGAAGCAAAAUUUCGAUCUAGUGCACUUGGUAGUGUGUAAUUUAUAUCCAUUCGUUGAUACGGUCUCUAAACCAGGUGUAACUGUAGCUGAUGCUGUGGAAAACAUUGACAUUGGUGGUGUUACAUUACUACGUGCCGCUGCUAAAAACCAUGAACGUGUGACUGUUAUUUGUGAAGCUAGCGAUUAUAGUAAGGUUUUGCAAGAAAUCUCCAAAACUGGAGACACUACAUUGGAAACAAGAAAACUUCUUGCUUUAAAAGCUUUCACACACACUGCCACAUAUGACGAUGCAAUUUCUGACUACUUCCGCAAACAGUAUUCCGCUGGUGGUUCCCAAUUGAAUCUCCGCUAUGGCAUGAACCCCCAUCAAAAACCAGCACAGCUUUUUACCCAGCUAGAAAAUUUACCAUUAAAAGUAAUAAAUAGCUCGCCAGGAUUUAUUAAUCUUUGUGACGCCCUCAAUGGAUGGCAAUUGGUUCGGGAACUGAAAAAAGCUCUAAACUUACCGGCUGCAACAAGUUUUAAGCAUGUUUCGCCAGCUGGAGCUGCAGUGGGUAAUCCACUUAGCAAGGAUCAAGCCAAACUUUGUAUGGUUGAUGAUUUAUAUGACAUUUUGACACCUUUAGCUACAGCUUAUGCCAGAGCUAGAGGAGCCGAUAGAAUGUCUUCCUUUGGUGAUUUUGUUGCAUUGUCUGAUGAGUGUGAUGCUGUUACUGCUAGGAUAAUCUCUCGUGAGGUUUCCGAUGGUAUUAUUGCUCCAGGGUAUUCCCAAGAAGCUCUUGAAAUUCUUAAGAAGAAGAAGAAUGGAAGCUAUUGCAUUUUACAAAUGGAUCCUAACUACGAACCAAGUUCAAUCGAACGUAAGACCAUUUUUGGUUUAACUCUUGAACAAAAGCGUAAUGAUGCUGUUAUCGAUGGAAGCCUAUUCAAAAAUGUUGUCACCAAGAUUUCGAGCCUACCAGAGGCUGCCAUUCGUGAUCUUAUUGUGGCAACAAUUGCAUUGAAAUUCACACAGAGUAAUUCAGUGUGUUAUGCCCGAGAUGGUCAGGUUAUUGGAAUUGGUGCAGGUCAACAAUCAAGAAUACACUGCACACGAUUGGCAGGUGAAAAGGCUGACAACUGGUGGCUGCGACAACAUCCUCGUGUUGCAGCAAUGAAAUUCAAGGCAGGUGUUAAACGUGCCGAAAUAUCGAAUGCAAUUGAUAAUUAUGUAAAUGGAACUGUUGGCAAGGAUAUGCCAUUGGCUCAGUUUCAAUCAAUGUUUGAAGUUGUUCCUCAACAACUGACACAAGAAGAGAAAACCGAAUGGUUGAAAGAAUUGAGUGGGGUAGCGUUAGGUUCGGAUGCUUUCUUCCCUUUUAGAGAUAAUAUUGAUCGUGCUAGAUUGAGUGGAGUUUCAUAUAUUGGUAGUCCGGCUGGUUCGACAAAUGAUGCUGGUGUUAUUGAGGCAUGUAAUGAGCAUGGAAUUAUUAUGGCACAUACGAAUCUCAGAUUAUUCCAUCAUUAAAAUUUUAUUUAUAGAAUAUAUUAUAUUACCGAUUAUUGCAAAGCAUUUUUUUUAUAUUUGUGCAAUUAAAUUAAAGAUCUACUUUUAAUAUAAA